AAAUGAAUCAAAAAAAUUUAUAUUCAUUAGAUUUAGAUUCGUUGUUAGAAAUGUGCAAAUGUCAAAAAUUUGAAAUUAUGUUCAUUGGUUAAUAAUUUGUAUAGCAGUCGGUAAAAUGUAAAUGUUAUAAACUUUUAAGACGAGAAAUGUGAUCAAGAACCUGUAGCUGUUGGCUGUCAUCGAGUGGUGAGAAGUUAAAUGGAAGACAGAAAAAAGCAAUAUGUCAUAUGAAAACGCGGAUCGACCAUCAAUAACAGUUACCAAAAUAAUCUGAAAAGCUGGAAAAACUAUCAACAAAAAAUGUCGGAAGAAGAGGAUGCAACUUACGCUUGGAGAAACCAGUUCAUCUUUAAACUGAUCAAUCGAUUUAAAGAACCUGGAAAUGAAACAGAGGAUUUUUCAAAACCGCUCUUAAGGCCAGUUUUUUAUAACAUUUAUCCGUUACUGAUCUUCGUCUAUUCUCUGCUCAUAAUUUGCGGCAUAAUCAUAAACUUCUCCAUGUUCUACCAUAUCUUAAAAUUUAAAUUAUAUAGAGAUCCUACGAACGCGUUUCUUAUCAACAUGAUAAUAUCCGAUGUAAUCAAAUGCAUUUUUGUACUUCCUAUUUCUUUGGCUGUGAUGCUGAUCGACAACUGGAUCUUCGGAAAGUUUCUCUGCUUUUUCCUUCCUAUAUUACAGGAUAUUCCAUUCCAUGUCUCCAUGAUGACCUAUAUGUUAAUUGCAGUCGAUAGAUUUAGAAUGAUAGAUGAUCCAGGGAAACCAAGAAUACCAGCAUUCGUGUGCGCUUUAGGAACGUGGUUCUUUGCUGUUUGCAUUGUCUUGCCAUAUCCUAUUUAUACUACUUACCUAGAUCUAGAGAGUUACCAUCAAACCAGUUUUAAAGGCGUGGGAAUGUGCUUCGCCAAUUUAGCAGAAGAUAUGCAAGACUACAUGCGUGGCUUGUUUAUUGGGACGUACGUAGCACCACUUUCCAUAAUGGCAUAUCUUUAUGUAAAAGCAAGUAGAGAACUGCAGAAUGUAGAAGGACCCUUGGCGAUUGGAAUCCUUGAAGCUUCAAGAUAUGAAAAUAAUGCUGAAAACGAUAUCAUAAUAGCAAAACUGGCUCUUCACGAGACGUACGAGAACAGCGGAUACUUUGACGUUUCGUAUACCGUGUUUGUCUGGAUUGCAUUUUUGCCUACUGUAACAACACCUGGUAUUUAUGCAUCCUGGCAGAUGAGCAGAAUGGCUAAAGAGCGCCUGCGUGGCUACUUCCGGUUUUCAAACCGUCUAAGGAACGCUCGCGAGGAUAGCACAGCAUCCCGAAGUGAACCGCAAACAAUCGUAACCAGCAAUGUCGACCAACUGCACCAUUUCCCAAUCGGAAGUAUUUCCGGAAGUAACUGCGGUAGUACAGGAGGACGAGCUGGAAGUAUGCGAGGUAGCACCAGAGGAAGUGUCAGCACCCGUGGCAGUUCGAAUGCACCUAGCCCUGAUUCGCUAUCCAUUAAUAACAUGCGACGCAUGACAUUGAUAAAGUAAUUUUUUUAUUUGAAAAGGAUUAUUAAAUAAUUGCCUUUCAUCUCCUAAUUAAAAAAUAGGUCCUAGAGAGAUUGUGGAAAGUUCUGAUAUAUGAAAACAUAUUGUCAGAAACGCAAACACGACAUCUCAUCAUAAAAUAAAAUAAAUUCUCAAGAGAUCCAAAAGUUCUGACAUUAGAAAUAUUUAUAUAAACAUUUUUAACC